GUCCGACUCCAACCGUCAUAAGUUAUCAAAAACGACUUUUGCCAAAUAACAAUCCUACUCAUUAUAGCCUUUACGUACGAUGAUUAGCCCUCACUAUCCUGAGAUUUGCAUAUUCAGUACAUAGAGCUCGAAAUGGCCGGGAUGUCCUUCAUCCCGCGGACGGUGUUUCCGCAUCUCGACUCUCUUCCGCGAUCCUAUUUCCUCGGCCAUCACCGCGCGGGACUGUCCAAGAUGAAAUCAAUGCUGUCCUCCAUCGACCUUGUCAUUGAAUGCCGCGACUAUCGCGUGCCCGUGACUUCGCGCAAUCCGUUAUUCGAAGAAAGCCUUGCCGGGCGAGAGCGAGUUGUCGUCUACACGAAGCGGGAUCUGGCUUUUAACGGAAACCCAGAAGACAGAAAGCGCGAAGACAUUAUCCGCCAAUGGCACGCCCCUUCCAAAGUCUUGUUCUGCAACCACCACUCGAAGCGCGACGUGCGCAAAGUCCUCGACUUCACCAAACAAUUCGCCAUCGACUACGCCUCGGACUCUCUUUUGGGAUCUCGCAUGAUGGUCGUCGGCAUGCCUAAUGUCGGGAAAUCGUCCCUGCUCAAUGCGCUGCGCAAAGAAGGGACGGGCAAGGGCCGCAAAGUCGCACAUACCGGCGCGCAGCCCGGCGUGACGCGGAAAAUUGGAACGAGCGUCAAAAUCGUCGAACCAUCGCGGGAUCCUUCCUCUACCUCCCUUUCUCCCUCGUCAUCUGGGUCCUCCUCCGCAUCCUCCAGCGCAAUCCACGAAGGCGUAUACCUCCUCGACACCCCCGGCGUGUUCAUGCCGUACGUUCCCGACGCCGAAUCGAUGCUCAAGUUGGCGUUAUGCGGCAGCGUCAAAGACACAAUCAUCCCUCCGACUACGCUCGUCGAUUAUUUGCUUUUCCACCUCAACUUAAUAUCUCCCGCUCUGUACGCAGACUACCACCCGCCGACCAACGAUGUUAUGGUCCUCUUGGACGCGGUGGCGCGCAAAACGGGGAGAUUGCAAAAGGGAGGCAUACCCGAUAUCGAAGGCGCAGCGCUCUGGACCAUUCAGCGCUGGAGAGCGGGACAUUUGGGACGGUUCCUUCUGGACCAAGUCACCCCCGACGCGCUCGAGCGGAGAAAACAUGCAGACGAGGCACUCGGAAUGGUGAGCAUGAACCAGGCGCGAAAAGCAGACAAGGAGGCCAGAAAGGCGAGGCAGAGGUUGAAGUUUGCGGGAGAGUAACUGCAUAGUGGGGAUUAUACAAUUGGGACACUUUCAUGGUCUGGAGUUGUUGUACAAAAGUCUGAACUCGCUUUUGUAUUAUUCAUAAUUCUGGAUUGCUCCCCGCCUUUUUUUUUUUUUUUUUUUU